UACAAUGCUACAAAGUUUCAUUUGUUUUGACGUAUACCGAAAGAAAAACCUGGCUAAUUUUCACGCAAAAAUGAAAAAGUGGAUAACCCUUAAAUCAAACAAUGACCUGUCUUCAUUGGAUCUAUGGUAGCCUACAAAACGGAGACAAAGGACAAAUAGGACAGAAGGAGACAUAAAGGACGAUGUCCUUGGUGGUUCUCUUGAUUUUCUUUGGAUUGUUGGGGCAAACUUGUGAAAAUCUGAAUAAUGUGUCUUGCUCAGCAUCAUCAACCGUUACACCACAUAAUGUGUCUGCAUCAAACACAACCGUUAUGGAAAAGGCUCAGACGAUUAACAGUGUACUGCGACAGUGGCCAGCUGCUAAUCGUACAGAGACCAAAGUUAUUAGGAGGGGGCCAUAUGUUUUUGCAAGACAGUACUGGUAUCCCAGUUUAGAAAUAGCUCUUAAAAGACCACAACCCACAUCACCUGCAUUUACAAUGGCCAUAACACCAACAUUAUCAAAUACAGCACAGCCAUCAAACAUCAUACCAACAAACACAACCAAAAAGAAAACUACCUCGAGACAAAUAUCACCAACUACAGAGCCAACAACAUCAACAGUGCCACCAACAAUCAUCACUCCAAUAUCAACAGACUUACAACAACAAACUACUGAAUCAGGACAACUAACAAUUGCAACAAAUUCCGGACUUUCAACAAACACCUCAAGUCAACAAACAGGCAUCACAUCAAAGCACACAAUGACACCUCCAUUAACCAGUACCCCACAAGCAACUACAUUAACGGAGCAAAUAAACAACACAACAAAGCUGACAACAACUACCAAUAUACAACAACCGAAGAUUACAGAAUCAGUGGGUACAGCUACUAGUGUACAAGAAACAACUAUACCGGGUGACACAACUGAUGAAAAAACAUGGAGUGCAGUUUCAUCUACAAAUCUGCCAACUACAACUGGAAAAAUAAAAUUCACACCAGCAUCACCGGACACAGCAUUUGCUCAGACUUCUUCAGUGGAAUCAGGAACCACAAAAUUGGCAACAACCGCAAUACCCGAAACAGGUACAACAGUUGAAGGACCAGUCAGACCAACAUCCCUGGUCUCCACAGCAACUGGAACAACAAAAAGGCCGACAACUGCAUUGCCCAAAACAGACAAAACCGUUAAAACAACAAUGCAAGAGGUUACAACAGAAACAGUGACGCAAUCUGGCUCAACUGCAGAGGAAAUCACAAGAACUUCUGAAAAUCCCAAAAUGAACACAACACAUGAAACUCCCAACAAAAUAACAGAGUCUGUAUCUGAAAUGGUACCAUCACCAGCAACCAUAUCAACUGGAGUAGCAGAAUCAAAUGGUAGUGCAGCUACAACAAGAUCAACAGGAGUGUCAUCAGCAUUCCCAGCAACUGCAUCAGGGACAGACAGUUCUGCUUCAAUAGCGCAUACUACACUGGAAGAACAAUCAACAUUUGCAUCAAUUACAGCUAAUGAAUCAGGGACAAGAACCGCAGCAACUGUUAUAAAUGAACCAGAAACACAUCCGACCAAGACCACACGAGCUGAGCAUGAAUCUGCUACACAGGUGAAGCCAGUUACUGUGGCUCAUACCUUAGAGGGACAGACCUCUGGCAUUAGAAUAACACAAGAGCCUGCAACACAAAUUGAUAAUGAUUCUACUCCUCCUAAAACCUCAGCAUCAGAAUUAUCUCAUGUUACAAUGGAGCCUUCACCAGGCAAAACUGAAUCUGGAACACAAGUUUCCGUUAACCCACCAACAGAAGCUUAUACCUCAGAAGGAUUUACAACUGUCAUCAAAGUAACUCAAGAGACUGUUACACAAGCUGAUAAUGAUACUGCAUCAACAGCACAUAUUACUAACACUGAAGAAUCAACAAAUGUGACUACUACAGCAAGUGUACCGGGUACCCACCCAUCAGUAAAUACUAUAACUGAAAUGGAUACCGAUGUAACCCAGACUACACCAGCUGAGGGUUCAUCCUCUGUAAUAAAUUCUGCAACAGAAGAAACAAGCACAACAACAACAGGCCUAGCAAAGAUGUCUACUCUUUCCAAAACUUCAAUCUCUGCACCAGAUUUAUCUCAUGUUACAAUGGAGCCUUUACCACACAAAACUGAUUCUCAAACACAAGUUUCUGUUAACCCACCAACAGAAGCUCAUGCCUCAGAAGGACCUACAACUGUCUUCACAGUAACACAAGAGCCUGCAACACAAGUUGAUACUACAUUUAAGGAAUUAAACACAGAGGGACUAACAAAUGCACCUACUAUAGCAACUGAUUCAGAAACAAGCACAUCAGCAAGUGUUAAAAAUGAAUCCAAGACUACACCAGUUGAGGAUUCAUCCCCUGCAAUAAAUUCUGCAACAGAAGAAACAACAACUUGGCUAGCAACGGCGUCUACUCUUCCUAAAAGCUCAACCUCGGCACCAGAUUUAUCUCAUGUUACAAUGGAGCCUUCACCAGACAUAACUGAUUCUACAACACAAGUUUCUGUUAACUCACCAACGGAAGCUCAUGCCUCAGAAGGACCUACACCUGUCUUCACAGUAACACAAGAGCCUGCAACACAAGUUGAUACUACAUUUAAGGAAUUUAACACAGAGGGACUAACAAAUGCACCUACUAUAGCAACUGAUUCAGGAACAAGCACAUCAGCAAGUGUUAAAAAUGAAUCCAAGACUACACCAGUUGAGGAUUCAUCCCCUGCAAUAAAUUCUGCAACAGAAGAAACAACAACUUGGCUAGCAACGGCGUCUACUCUUCCUAAAAGCUCAACCUCGGCACCAGAUUUAUCUCAUGUUACAAUGGAGCCUUCACCAGACAUAACUGAUUCUACAACACAAGUUUCUGUUAACUCACCAACGGAAGCUCAUGCCUCAGAAGGACCUACACCUGUUUUCACAGUAACACAAGAGCCUGCAACACAAGUUGAUAAUGAUACUGCAUCAACAGCACAUAUUACGUUUACCAAAUCAAACACAGAAGAAUCAACAAAUGCAACUACUACAGCAAGUGUACCAGGUACCCACACAUCAGUAAAGGCUAUAAAUGAAACGGAUACAGAUGUUACCCAGACUACACCAGCUGAGGGUUCAUCUACUGUAAUAAAAUCUGCAACAGAAGAUACAAGCACAACAACAACAGGCCUAGCAAAGGUGUCAACUCUUUCCAAAACUUCAACCUCUGUACCAGAAUUACCUCAUGUUACAAUGGAGCCUUCAUCAGCCAAAACUGAAUCUGCAACACAAGUGUCAAUGAAGCCAGUAACAGAAGCUCAUGCCUCAGAAGGACCUACAACUGUCAUCAAAGAAACACAAGAGCCUGCAACACAAGCUGAUAACGAUACUGCAUCAACAGCACAUAUUACGUUUACUGAAUCAAACACAGAAGAAUCAACAAAUGUGCCUACUACACCAAAUGAAUCAGGAACAAGCACAUCAGCAAGUGUUGUAAAUGAAUCAGAAACAAGUGCAUCCAAGACUACCCCAGUUGAGGGUUCAUCUGCAAUAAAUUCUUCCACAGAAGGUAUGAGGACAACAACACCAGGCCUAGCAAAGAUGUCCACUCUUCCCAAAAACUCAAUCUUUGUACCAGAAUUACCUCAUGUUACAAUGGAGCCUUCAUCACCCAAAACUGAAUCUGCAACACAAGCAUCAAUGAAGCCAGUAACAGAAGCUCAUGCCUCAGAAGGACCUACAACUGUCAUCAAAGAAACACAAGAGCCUGCAACAGAAGCUGAUAACGAUACUGCAUCAACAGCACAUAUUACGUUUACUGAAUCAAACACAGAAGAAUCAACAAAUGUGCCUACUACACCAAAUGAAUCAGGAACAAGCACAUCAGCAAGUGUUGUAAAUGAAUCAGAAACAAGUGCAUCCAAGACUACCCCAGUUGAGGGUUCAUCUGCAAUAAAUUCUUCCACAGAAGGUAUGAGGACAACAACACCAGGCCUAGCAAAGAUGUCCACUCUUCCCCAAAACUCAAUCUCUGUACCAGAAUUACCUCAUGUUACAAUGGAGCCUUCAUCACCCAAAACUGAAUCUGCAACACAAGCAUCAAUGAAGCCAGUAACAGAAGCUCAUGCCUCAGAAGGACCUACAACUGUCAUCAAAGAAACACAAGAGCCUGCAACAGAAGCUGAUAACGAUACUGCAUCAACAGCACAUAUUACGUUUACUGAAUCAAACACAGAAGAAUCAACAAAUGUGCCUACUACACCAAAUGAAUCAGGAACAAGCACAUCAGCAAGUGUUGUAAAUGAAUCAGAAACAAUUGCAUCCAAGACUACCCCAGUUGAGGGUUCAUCUGCAAUAAAUUCUUCCACAGAAGGUAUGAGGACAACAACACCAGGCCUAGCAAAGAUGUCCACUCUUCCCAAAAACUCAAUCUCUGUACCAGAAUUACCUCAUGUUACAGUGGAGCCUUCAUCACCCAAAACUGAAUCUGCAACACAAGCAUCAAUGAAGCCAGUAACAGAAGCUCAUGCCUCAGAAGGACCUACAACUGUCAUCAAAGAAACACAAGAGCCUGCAACAGAAGCUGAUAACGAUACUGCAUCAACAGCACAUAUUACGUUUACUGAAUCAAACACAGAAGAAUCAACAAAUGUGCCUACUACACCAAAUGAAUCAGGAACAAGCACAUCAGCAAGUGUUGUAAAUGAAUCAGAAACAAGUGCAUCCAAAGCUACCCCAGUUGAGGGUUCAUCUGCAAUAAAUUCUUCCACAGAAGGUAUGAGGACAACAACAGCAGGCCAAGCAAAGAUGUCCACUCUUCCCAAAAACUCAAUCUCUGUACCAGAAUUACCCCAUGUUACAAUGGAGCCUUCAUCACCCAAAACUGAAUCUGCAACACAAGUGUCAAUGAAACCAGUAACAGAAGCUCAUGCCUCAGAAGGACCUACAACUGUCAUCAAAGAAACACAAGAGCCUGCAACACAAGAUGAUAACGAUACUGCAUCAACAGCACAUAUUACGUUUACUGAAUCAAACACAGAAGAAUCAACAAAUGUGCCUACUACACCAAAUGAAUCAGGAACAAGCACAUCAGCAAGUGUUGUAAAUGAAUCAGAAACAAGUGCAUCCAAAGCUACCCCAGUUGAGGGUUCAUCUGCAGUAAAUUCUUCCACAGAAGGUAUGAGGACAACAACACCAGGCCUAGCAAAGGUGUCAACUCUUUCCAAAACUUCAACCUCUGUCCCAGAAUUACCUCAUGUUACAAUGGAGCCUUCAUCACCCAAAACUGAAUCUGCAACACAAGCGUCAAUGAAGCCAGUAACAGAAGCUCAUGCCUCAGAAGGACCUACAACUAUCAUCAAAGAAACACAAGAGCCUGCAACACAAGCUGAUAACGAUACUGCAUCAACAGCACAUAUUACGUUUACUGAAUCAAACACAGAAGAAUCAACAAAUGUGCCUACUACACCAAAUGAAUCAGGAACAAGUACAUCAGCAAGUGUUUUAAAUGAAUCAGAAACAAGUGCAUCCAAGACUACCCCAGUUGAGGGUUCAUCUGCAAUAAAUUCUUCCACAGAAGGUAUGAGGACAACAACACCAGGCCUAGCAAAGGUGUCAACUCUUUCCAAAAACUCAAUGUCUGUACCAGAAUUACCUCAUGUUACAAUGGAGCCUUCAUCACCCAAAACUGAAUCUGCAACACAAGUGUCAAUGAAGCCAGUAACACAAGAGCCUGCAACACAAGAUACUAAUAAUUCUUUAUCAACAGCACAUGAAUCGAACACAAACAAAUCAACAAAUGCAACUACUGCAGCAAGUGCACCGGGUACAAACACAUCAGCAAAUGGUAUAAAUGAAACAAAACCAAAUGCAACCAAGGCUACACCAGUUGAAGGUUCAUCUGUAAAAAAUUCUUCAACAGAGGGUACGAGGACAACAACAACAGGCCUAGCAAAAGUGUCCACUCUUCCCAAAAACUCAACCACGGAACCAGAAUUACCUCACGUUACAAUGAAACCUUCACCAGCCAAAAGUGAAUCUCCAAUACAAGUUGCGCCAACUGCAUCAAAACCAAAUGCAUCAGCUACAACUGUAAUACUGGAUUUGUAUACUGCUCCUCCUUUUCUUAAUGAGGGAGGCAUAGGCUUAACAUUCAGUCUAAAUGACACUUUUGAGCCAACAUAUAAGACCAGAACAACCCCUACCUUCCUUAUUCUGGCCAAUAAAGUGGUUAACAUGAUAAACAAACUUUACAAGGAAAAGUUUAAAGAAUUCAAACGGUCAAGAGUCAACAGUUUCUCGAAGGGAUCAAUUGUAGUUGAUAUGACUCUGGUCUUUGAGAACACUUCUGUAGUCCCAAGCAUCCUUCAAGUAGAAGAUGUUCUAUACAAUGCUGUUGAGAUUGACAAUCCCAUGAAAGUCAUAAUUGGAACAAUUAAAGCAGAGCCUUUAGCUACUACAACUGCAAUUACCACACCUAGUCAUGCAAAUAUUGUACAAAAUACUACUAUGAACUUGACAGCAAUCACAGGGCACACAAACACGGCAUCUACAUGGAUGAUUCACUAUUCAAUAGUGGCUAUAACUGCCACCAUCAUUGUUUUUGUAACUCAAGCUUAACAGAUUCAAACUAAGUGCAAGGCAAGCUGAUAAAGAAGAUGCAAUACAGUUACAUUUUAGACAUAAUAUUAUUAUGUUAUAUUAACCUUAACCAAUAUUUUUACGGGUUAUGGUGCAUUAAGGUUAUGGUGCACCAGUUACCUUCUGCACUUUAAUUCAGAAUAAAAUGGUUUUAUUAAAAUACUGAUUUUUAUUUUUAUACUGUGUUGUAUACCAUAAUUAUAACAUAAACUGUUUUGAACCAGAAGUUGGUUGAUAAAAUAGGAAAAUGGUGACUAUUUUAAAGAUACUAAAAUAACACAGUUUUAAUUUAUCUGGGAUUGGGAUUUUUCUUCAUAAAACAAUUCAAAUAUUUACAUUUCUAUUAUUUUUUAGUUUGGAGUUAAGCUGGAGUUAAAAAAGGGGGGAAAGAAACAUGAAUACAGACUAUAGCAAUCCUCUUCAUUGUUUGGGUCAUUUUUUGUUGGAUUACAACUUAAAUUUGCAAAAUCAGAUUACUAAAAUAAAAAUAAUAAAUUAAAGAAACAUAUAUUUAACAAUAAUUAUUUUUUCAGUAUUGUUAAAUGCUUAUAUAAUUUUGCUUAAUGUCAAUGAACUUAUAUUAUAUGGGUAUUCUGUUUUUCUGGGUUCAUCAAAUUAAAAAGUUAAUGCAUUUUGACAGAA